AUGAAGCAAUGGAAGGAGGAGGAAGAGCCAGAGGUUGAAGAAGGGGGUUUAGUUAAACGCCAGGCUCACAUGCACGUCACAAGCACCACCAUUACUACUUCGAAGUUUGAUGUACAAGCUGCUGAUCAAACAGAAGGAUCUUCCGGACAGAAAAAUGAAGGAGAAGAGUUCAUUCAAAGGGAAGGGAAUUCUGGUGAGAUCGAGAAGAAGACAAAUCUCCAUCCUUUAGAUCCUGUAAUUUCUGUGGACUCUACUUUCUUUAGUAGUGUGAGAACUGAAAGUGAGAGAGUUGGCAUAAUAACAGAGAAUUUGCGGCUAAGGAAGGAACUAUAUUUGGAAAGUCUAUAUCAGAAGACACCCACACAGGGAUUCUAUUGUCCCAAUUGUAAGGUUUGUAUCCAGAAGGUUUUACUUUUGGAUACAGUCCAGCAAGAAAUAAGUGCUCCUGAACAACGUCCUUCACCACCUGAUCCAAUCAGAUGCUCAUCAUGCUUCAGCUUCCUCAUUCCAAUAGGUAGUUGGCUCUUCCCACGGUGGGUACAAGACGAAGUAUCACCUAUUCAAGGUGUGCAACAGCCAACAGGUCACUCAAAGGGAAACGGAAAACUGAGUGAUCAAAGAGCUGAAGUUACAGAAAAAAUUCCAGUUCAGGCCCCUCAGACACGACAAAUUACAGGUCAAGCCCUGGAUGAAGUUAAUACUGCAGCUGAUUCAGGAAAAAUAAUCUCGCAGCCUGAACAAGCCAAGCAUGAUGGAGCAGAUCAAGCAUCUAAUGAAGACGAUCAUAAAACCAGCGGUGAGGGCAGUCUUUUUUCUUAUUUACUUGUUUUUGGUUAA